AUGAGCAAGCCGAAAGUUGGUAUCAAUGGCUUCGGUCGAAUUGGCCGACUUGUCCUGAGGGCAGCUAUGUGUAAAGGAACUGUUGAUGUGUGCGCCAUUAAUGAUCCGUUCAUCGACCUUACUUAUAUGGUGUACAUGUUUAAAUAUGAUUCUACACACGGACCUUUUGUCGGUGAGGUGAAAGAAAAAGAUGGAAAGCUCGUGAUUAAUGGCCACGCAAUUUCUGUAUAUAAAGAAUUAAAUGCUGAGGCAAUUCCAUGGGACAAGGACGGUGUUUACUAUGUUGUGGAAUCAACUGGUGUAAAUACCGACAUGGCCAAAGCCGGGGCACACUUAAAGAACAACAGAGCCAAGAAAGUCGUAAUUUCUGCUCCUUCAAAGGAUGCUCCUACGUUUGUGUGUGGAGUGAAUCUAGAUAAGUAUGAUCCCUGCAUGACAAUCGUGUCGAACGCUUCGUGUACAACAAAUUGUCUGGCCCCUCUAGCCAAAGUCAUUCACGACAACUUUGGAAUUGUUGAGGGCUUGAUGACAACAGUACACGCCUACACGGCAACACAAAAGCUUGUGGAUGGGCCAAAUCCGAAGGGUUGGCGCGAUGGUCGUGCUGGUGCACUGAACAUUAUACCUGCACAAACUGGAGCUGCCAAAGCCGUAACAAAAGUCAUUCCUGAGCUUCAGGGCAAGCUUACUGGUAUGGCCUUCCGUGUUCCUACUCCAGAUGUCUCCGUCGUUGACCUGACUUGUAAACUUGCUAAACCAGCUACUUAUGAACAGAUUAAAGAGGCCGUCAAAGCUGCCAGUCAGACUCCCGCUCUGAAGGGCAUUUUGACUUAUACCGACGAAGAAGUUGUCAGCAUGGAUUUCCGCACCUGUACGGCAUCGUCAACCUUUGACGCUAUGGCAGGAAUCGCAUUGAAUGAUACAUUUGUCAAGCUCAUCUCCUGGUACGACAAUGAAUAUGGCUAUAGCUGCCGUGUCAUUGAUCUUAUCACUUACAUGUACUCGAAGGACAACUAA